AUGUGGGACUUAUUUGAAAGUGGCGGAGCCAGCGUCCGGCCAGGUAGGACAGCUGCCCAGGCUCCGCCCGACCAUGCUUCACCAUCUCGCGAUGGAGAUCUUCUAUGGCCAUCUUCCGACACACCAUACCGUAAACAGAUACACACCGCAACACCACUCUUGCCUUUCCGGUUUCCGUUCAAUCAAUUAUCGGUUGUGGUGUUGAAUUUGUUGUUUCGUGCUAUGUCCACCAAGUGUUCGAGAGUAUAUCAACUUUUCUAUUGGACUACUGGAAAAUCUUAUGUACAAAAACUCUCAAUUAAACCAAGCAUAUGGGAUACCUUUGCAUAUGCUGGAAAUGCAGGACAAUUCGAGGGAAACGGGGACAUUGCAUGCGACCAAUAUCACAAAUAUAAGGAUGAUGUCAAACUCAUGGCGAAAAUGGGCUUAGAUGCCUAUAGAUUUUCCAUAUCAUGGUCAAGACUUAUUCCAGAUGGGAAAGGGCCUAUAAAUCCAAAGGGACUGCAGUAUUACAACAACCUUAUCAACGAAUUAACAAGUCAAGGAAUCCAACCACAUGUUACAUUGCAUCAUUGGGAUCUACCACAAGCACUUGAAGAUGAAUACCUAGGAUGGGUUAGUCGAAGAAUUAUAAAAGACUUCACAGCAUAUGCAGAUGUAUGCUUCAAAGAGUUUGGAGAUAGAGUUAAAUAUUGGACCACAGUGAAUGAGGGGAAUGGGGGUGCAAUAGCAGGCUAUGGUUCUGGGUUUUUACCACCUCAAAGGAAAAAGUAUCAGGUCAAGCAACAAGGUUUUAUUGGGUUUAAUCUCAUUGUUGUUGGUUUGAUUCCACUAACAAAUACUCGUGAAGACAUAAUUGCCACUCAGAGAGCUCAAGACUUCUAUAUUGGAUGGUUUAUGAAUCCCUUAACAUUUGGAGAGUAUCCUCGCACCAUGAAAAAGAAUGUUGGCUCAAGACUUCCUUUCUUCACGAGUAGGGAAUCAAAUUUGGUUAAGGGCUCAAUAGACUUUCUUGGAGUCAACUUUUACAACACAUUUUAUAUUAAGGUAAUUGCAAUUCAAGGAAAUAAUUCCUUUGGGAUUAGCAUUGUACUGUCUUGA